AUGGGAAACGGCAUCACCUGGUUCAACGAUGUCUGGACCUAUGAGCCACGUUCCAACGCGUGGACGGAGCUCGACUGCAUUGGUUAUAUUCCCGUAGCCCGUGAAGGCCAUUCUGCCGCCCUCGUAAACGACACCAUGUACAUCUUUGGCGGGCGCACUCAGGAAGGCGUUGAUUUGGGCGACCUUGCCGCAUUCCGGAUUUCCUCCCGCCGCUGGUACAUGUUCCAAAACAUGGGCCACUCCCCGUCAGCCCGAUCAGGACAUAGCAUGACCGCAUUUGGAAAGCACAUCGUCGUCUUGGCUGGCGAGCCCAGCUCUUCAGUCAGUGACAGGAACGAGCUCAGCCUUAGUUACAUACUGGACACAUCCAAGAUAAGGUAUCCGCCCAAUGAAAGUGCUCCUCCACCACAAACGCAGAACACCCAGCGGAAGAUGAGUGGUGGUGAGAGAAGCAACGUUCCUCCCGCUAAAGUCGGCUCCCCUCCAACGCGCGAGAGCAUGAUGUCCGGCCCCCAAAUGACAAGAGCCCCAGAGAACAUGGGCAACGGUAUUAAUCCAGGAUCACGGCUGCCUCGUGCAGCUAAUCAGGGGCCCCCAGGCCCUCCGCCACUUCAGCAGCCUCCGCAACCUCGUGAGAAUGGCGUUGUCGUACAGGGUGCCGCGAAGCCCAGGAGCAAGACUCCCACCAAAAACGAACGCGGAUACGGCCCACCUAUCGAUACGGGAGCUGUAUCCGCCGUGGAUAGAGACAACAUGUCACCCAUGACCCGCGACAGCCCGUCUACGAAUGACAUGCAAAGGAAGGCUUCGGAUGCUGUAAGCCAACGUACCCCGAAGGAGUCUAUGGACACUAUGCGCACCGCUAGCACCACCGUUUCACGGAACACGUCCAAGUCUCACCGUGCGCAAGCUUCUCAAGAUAGUACAGACCAGGCAACGAGGCAGUCUUUCGAAACACAGCAGCAUCGCGGCUUUGUCCGUGACGCUGAUCAAUUACCCAGCGAAGGCCUGAAGAACGCAUCGCUCGCCAACGACCAGAGAAAUGCUGACCUGGUCAGAGAACUUGAGCACGUCAAGAGUCGCAACGCAUGGUACGCCUCCGAGCUUGCACUUGCCCGUCGAGCAGGUUACAGUUCGGGCAACUCCACAAGUCCUGUAUUUGAUGAACGAUCGGCCGACGCGUUUCGGGAUGAAGACAGACCUUUGCUGGAGGCGCUUCUUAAUAUGAAGACCGAGCUUGAACGAGUGCAAACGUCAAUCAAAGCCCAAGGUGACGAUGCUGCAAAGAGGAUCGCUGAAGUGGAGAGGCAGCGGGAUGCAGCCGUCAGCGAAGCCAUAUACGCAAAAACCAAGUUAGCGGCUCAUGGAGGCGGUAGUCAGAACGGAACCCCACAGCCAGAUGGAGCUCGAAGCACAAGUACACCUGACGCCGAUCGCCUCCAGGACAUCAGUCGUCGAUUAGCUACAUCCUUGGCUGCUCAGGGCGACCUGGCUACCAAGGUGGAGCAUUUGACUCGUCAGAUUGACGCCGAAAAGAAGGCCAAGCAGCUAGCAGAGGAAACCGCAGAAGCUGCGCAGAAACGCGUACAAGAACUGGACUCGACCCGACAAAAGGCUACGGCUGAAUCAGAGAGUUUACGCGCCGAGUUGCACGAAGCUGAGCGUAUCGCAAGAGAAGUUUCCACUAGCGCCGCAGAAGCGGAAUCGGCAUCAAAGCUGCUAGCCAUCGACAAGCAAGAGCUGAGCGCCAGGGUUGCUAAGGUGUCCGAAGAAUCGAAAACUCAGUCUUCCGUCAUUCAAUCUCUACGCGAUGCGGUUUUUGCAUCUACAGAGAAGUCAACAUUGUUGGAAAAGAAACUGAACGAGGAGCGGACGCAAAGCGAGAACCUGCGCCAGAAGUUGAGCCAGCUUCGUAGCGAAUACGAGGCACGCGUUCUGGAACUGGAGACUACGACACAGAAGCUUCGCGAUGCGGAGGAGCUAGCGGAGAGCCAUGCAGAAGAGGCACGCCUUCAUCGAGCCACUGUUUUCUCUGGUCUGCAAACGAUGACGGAACGUUCCGAGCACGAUGGCGCAAAUGCCGAUGAGCGCGUCGUGGUGCUGCAACAGCAAGUCGAAGCUGCAAAUACCAUGGCCCGCAAGAACCAGACAGCAGCUGAUCAAGCGUCGGAGAAGCUUCGACGAGCAGAAGAACGAAUCGCCGGUCUUGAGGCCUAUCAAGAGCAAUCUAGUCGUGAGGGGCUGACCAUCCGUAAACAAUUACAACAGGCUAUGCGAGAUGUACAGCUCUCCGAAGCUGAACGUACCGAGCUUCGCCAACAACACGAACGUCUGCGUCUCGAGAGCAAUGCGUUUGAAGUUCAACUCAAGACUCUUCGCAAUCUUCUUGAUGAAAGAGGUGUGAAUCCUGUUGACACGCGACGCUCGAGGGUACUAGACAGUCCAAACUCAAGAUUUGGCACACCGGAGUUCAACCGCGUUCGCGAGCUGGAACAACAGGUGGAUUCUAUGACCAAAGCACAUGAGGAGUUGCGUUCCAUGUUUGAGGAGCGUGAGCAUGAGGUCAGUAAAGAAUGGGAGGAGAAGCUACAGGCGCUUCACAACGACCACCAAGCUGCCGUCAAGUACCUCCGUGGUACAGAGAAGAUGCUCUCGAAGAUGAAACAGGAGCUUGAUCGUUACAAGAGCGCGAACCUGAAGCUCGAGGAAGAACUCACUCAAGCGAGACAAGACAAGCGUAGCCCUGCUGACGAAGCUAAUCACGCCGAAUUGGACGCAGAACGCACGGCACUCCGCUCGGAGUUGGACAAGUCGCGGGAGAACAUGGAAGCUACCGUUUCGCGUUUCGAGACCCAGUUGUCCAAACUGCAGUCCGAUCUGGCUUCCGCUCGCGCCGAUGCCGAGACGGCAACGAAUGCCACGAAGCAGGCCGAGCAUCAGGCGGCUCAGUUCCAGGCAGACCUCGAAUCGCUUCGCCGACAGUAUGCACAGACAGAAGAGCGUGCACGCGAAGCUGAGAGCCGCGUCCAAAUGUUCCUCGAUCAGUUUGAGACAUCGGUCGAUAACUACCGCCGCCAAUCCCAGGUUCCGGCUGAGAACGCCCACCCUGAACACAGUCGCCACCGGGCACACGAUAGCGUUGCAUCGGCCGAGUCUCUGUACAGCCACAACGAUGGCUCCAGCACGCCAGAAGCCAUACCCCGCCCUUCAUCUUCUGCUACACGAAACUCAAUGGCCCUUGACAAUCUCGCUUCUGAGUUGGACGCACUCAGGAGUCACUGGGAAACUACCAACAAAGCUUACCGAUUGAGCGACCGCUUUGAUUUUGAACGCAUGCCUGAAAACGAUAACAACGACGAUGUGGAUGAACUUUCGCAAUGGAGGAAGAGGGUGGAGAGCGACGAUGGUCCACAGACUGCCACAGGCAGCCAGGGCCCAAAUUCUGUUCAGCCGGCUGCAACCAUGAUCUCGCCUACACAAGUCCACGGAUCUUCGUAA